AUGUCAAAGCAGGCCCUUACCACUGAGAGGUGGCCGAAACCCCGCAAGCAGGGGGUGGAGUGGGCGUCGUCGUUAACUCAGCACGCUGCCUGCCCACCAGCCCAACCUCGGCCUUCCGUGAUCCAUCUUCACCGCAAUUUGAUCGCCGAAACGCAGGAGACGGCCCGAGCGUUCGAGACCCUGACGUCGCACGACCAGUGCUCCAAGUUUCGGAGUUGGCUCGACUCUAACAGGGAGGCGGUGGCGCAGCUGGACCACGACCUGCCCGAUACGACGGGGACGUCCCCGCCUCCGCCCACCAUACCCUCCACCCCCCGUUCCGCGGAGCCCCCCGCUCGAACACGCCGGGGGCCUCGCAGAAGCCAAAGUGGCGUCGUCGACGGUGGCGAAGAAGGAGCUGCUGGCCUGCACCAGCCCCCUGCUGCUGGUGGUGGCGGGGCAAUGCGAGGUCACCAACCUUGGGGAGGGGGCGCCGUAGAGGGGGGCACCACGAAUGUCACAGAGGGGGCGAGGGGGGGGCAGGCGGCAUCUCCGCGGUUUCGGUUUCGGAGCCAGGCGGACGUGGGUGGGGGGGCGGGCAACGAUAGCGGCGGAGCCCCCCUGGGAACCGGCGGUAGAGGGGCGGGAGGCGUUUCGUUUGCGCUGGACAUGGACCAGUCGCCGUGAGGCGGCGAGAAUCGGAAGGAGUCAAGAGCUCCCUCUGUGUGUUCGGUAUUUGCACCCGCUAUCCUAGCUGCUUGCCCUGCGCCAAUGUUGGCGUAUGGUACGUACAUAGAGAAGCUUCACGUUUUUUGGGGAGGUCAUGCCUCCGGGUGCGGCUGUUGGCGACGUUUCGAUGGCUGUGUUUUUGUUGUUCUCCUCGGUGCCGCAGCAUGGGUAGUGGAACCACGGUGUGGCCUAUCGUGGAGCUCCCCGCAGUUGAAUGGUAAUUUUCGCGGUUUCGGCCAACCCUCCUCGUUAAGAAGUACAACGCCUUCCUGAUUGCCGAGGACGUAUGUAGGGUCGGUGUGUCCUCAAACAGCCACCAUCCUUGCCAACACCCGGGGCUAAGCAAGACUUUCGCUAAAAACGACGACCAAAUGGAUCCCCCCUCGCCGCCUUCGCCCGGAGUGGAGAAACGGUGCGCUUGGAACUUUUGCGCUGGAUCCUUUUGUGUGAAAUUGUGUGGGUCGCAGCCACCCACAUCGCCCACACCCGGAACCGAGCAAGACUUCGUUAAUUUUGCUUAAAACGGACGCAGAAACGGCUCUCCCGCUGCCGCCUUCUCCCAGAGCCGAGAAACCGUGUGCUUCGGACGUUUUCGCUUGAUUUUUUUGUUUUUUGUCGGUUGGUUGUGUGGGGGCGACAACUGAACCUCGACUCUCGCAGAAAGGAACGGAACUGUCCUAGAUCGGGCCGCGCUUUGGCGUCGGAGUGCCUGAUCGCCACGCGGCACGGGAGGCUGGUGGGUGUAUAGGGCGGGAUUAUUCUGAGCCACCCGCAAGCUGUCGCUUGCUGGAAUAACGUUUCCGGUUGUGGAGCCCGCAGUUUGGGGUCAUGGUGAGGGACUUCCAAUCGUUGCGUCGCGUGAUUGCGGAUGUUUCCGGCUGUGAAGCGGAAAUUUGGAGUGGUGGUGACGGAUUUCCAUCCUCUUCGUGGCGUGAUUGCGGAUAUUCCGUUUGUGAACCGACAAUUUGACGUGGUUGUGAGGGAGUUCCAAGCGUUGCAUCGCGUGAUUGCGGAUAUUGUCGUUUGUGAACCAACGAUAUGAGGUGGUAUUGAGGGAGUUUGUAGCGUUGCACGGGGUGAUUGCGGAUAUUUUCCGGUUGUGAACCGACGAUAUGAGGUGGUAUGGAGGGAGUUUGAAGCAUUGCACGGGGUGAUUGCGGAUAUUUUCCGGUUGUGAACCGACAAUUGGAGGUGGUGUUGGAGGAGUUUCAAGCUGCGUGGUGUGAUUGCAGAUAUCAAGGUUGUUUGGUGAAGGUAGGUUCGUUACACUGUAGGGCAGGGGGCGGGGCGGGGCAGAAGACGAUAGCCGGGUCAUAACAGAACUCUAGAAAACCUCUGCGUGCUGUGAUCCGUCUUACGCGGUAGCGAAAACUUCCCAUGUUGCCGGUCCUUUCUUGGAGUUUAGAAGUAUAACUUUGGAGGACGAUUCCUCCCGCGAGAAAGUUGGCAACACCAAGCGAGGUAUAUCCCUGCCCUCCUCUGGACGUUUCGGAGCGGGACUGGCUUGUGCAAGGUCGUCCUCUCCCUGUGGCAUGUUCGCCUUUGUUUCCGAAGACGUGCUUGUGCGUGAAGGCGUGCACAGGUUCAAGGUACUCUCUCGUGGUCGGUGGCUUGUUCACUUUCUUUUUUUGAAGGCGUGCUUGUGCGUAGUAUAAGCUCCUGCAGCCACACAUCCUGUCGUUUUUUAUCUUCUAGCUUGUUGCGUUUGGUGUGGCUGGUCCCGAUUCCGGCGCCGCUGGCGCCGAGAGAGAGCGAGAGAGCGAGAGCGAGGGAGAGAGAGAGAGAGAGAGGUGACGGAAUGUGACAUGUUGACAUGUUUCUCGUGAACAGACGGCAGUACUCGGGUUCAUGCUCCGCAGAUUACUGUUGCAUCGUUGGGGAUCUGUGGAGGUAUCAUUACAACCACAGGUGUGGUGUUGUCCGGAUGGUUUCUUGUUUCUAGUUGUGUGAGUGCGCUUCGUUUCCGUUCCUUGUUGUCAGUAAGCAAGUACAGGGGCGUUCGCGUGAAUAAACACCGAGGUUGCUCAUGUUUUUUGUG